AUGUUGAUACACGAUGGUGAUACCUAUCUUUGGACCGGUUCCUUGGCCGACUUAAAGUGCUUUGUUGACGAAAUUUUAAAUCUUAAAGGGAAGUGGAGCUCUCCAGGAGGCGAAGCGAAGCUGUUUUGUGCUACAAAGCCUGACUUUGUUAUUAAAUGGUUUGGCUGGCGGUCCCAGAAACUUGUGAUUCAAGUAGACAGUGCUGAGAACUUUUUAACACAGACGUUUGAGAGCUUGGUGAACAAGAGUAAAGGAAACAAAGCUGAUAGCAAGAAUGGUACUGAUGGAGUGAUUGUUAGCGAUGGCGACACAGCACAUCCUGCUGUACUGGAGGUAUGUAAAUGUUCCUGCUCUGUUGAUCUAGAGGGCUUGAAGCUUGAAAUAACAAGACGAUGCCAAGACGACGCCAAGACGAUGUGAUUUGUACUCUUAACGAAGAGAAUCAAUUCCUUAAAGCAAGGCUGUUGGCUCUUGAAGAGUCGUUUCUCAAGAUAACUUAUAAUGUCAAUAAAGAUAAAGAACCUGGCUCAUCAGUUUACAAAGCUAAAACUAUUGACAAAGCGGCCGCUUUUCAUGCCAGUGAACAAUCUAACAAAAGUAACCUCAGCUCAAUUAACACUGAAUUACUUAAUACCUCUCAUGACAAUAGUCUUGCUCGGCAUAAUAACAACGGACAAUGCAAUGCCGAUGAUUUGAAUAAUAAUCAAAUUGACCUUGCAAAUGAUGAUGCUGUGUUUUCCUCAAAACAGCAGAAUAAAAAUAAUACACACAAAGGCAUCAAUUCGAACUUGCAAUCCGAAUCGCAGCAGUCAACCAACAUAGAAGGGAAUAAACUUAGAUAUGAUCUGUCCCCAAAAACCUCUCAUGACAAUAGCCGUAUUAGUUACGAUCCAUCUCUAAAAACCUCUCAUGACAAUAGCCUUAUUCGGCAUAAUGACAACAGCCAAUGCAAUGCCGACGAUUUGAAGAAUAAUCACAUUGACCUUACAAAUGAUGAUGCCGUGCUUUUCCCAAAACAGCAGAAUAAAAAUAAUAAACACAAAGGCUUAAAUUCGAACUUGAAAUCG